GUGGUCUGAACGUCAUCCAUUAGCAUCUCUCCUCCCACCCAUCUCAGCUAAAGUCCCCCCUCCCAAUCUGCUCUCAAACACAAUUGACUCACUCUUGUGUUUCUGAGUAACAGGGGAGGCAACAGGUCUGAAUUUCUGGCUUCAUUCAGACGCUGUCUGGCGUGAGUUCAGACCGUUCUUUCCUCUCUGUGGUCUUAUUCACCACUGGCACCAAUUUAUUUAUCUUGUUCACCAGCCACAGAGAAGAUCAACUCAACAGAGAGGGAUUGUAUUACUCUGAAGUUCAUUUUCUGAAUUUUACGAGAGUCGUUUGUGUGUUUUAAUUAUUUUUCAGGAUUGCCAAACAAGCCUGAGACUGAAGGUCAGCGGUGUCAUUUAAGAUUUGUGACGCCACUCGAGUCUCAACAUGACCAUGCAAGUGCGCCUCACCGGCUCUGCUCCCUGGGGCUUUCGGCUGGUUGGAGGGAAGGACUUCAGCCAGCCGCUCACUAUUUCCCGGAUCACACCUGGUAGCAAGGCGGCUCUGGCUGGAAUGGUUGCGGGCGAUGUCAUCUUGAGCAUCGAGGGCUCCGACGCAGAUGACUUGACCCACCUGGAGGCGCAGAACAAGAUCAAGGCAUGUGGGGACGACCUCACUCUCAACAUCCGCAGGCAGGAGACGAAGCUGUGGUCGCCGAACGUUCAGGACGAGGAGGGCAGAGUGCAUCCGUUCAAAGUGAACCUGGAGGCCGAGCAACAGGACUCGCGGCAGAUCGGCAGCGGAUACAACCGGCGGGCUCGCCCGUUCAUCGCGCACAGCGACGUGGAGGCGGCCAAGCAGAUCGUGAACGCGCAGUACAACACGCCGCUGCACCUCUACUCCAACGACAACCUGCAGCACACCGUGCAGGGCCAGUUUGGCGGAAGCCCCGAGCCCGAACUGCCGUCCUCUCCACCGCCGCGGUCGCCCAUGCCCCGGACGCCCACGAUCAACGAGGCGCAGAGGGCGGUGGCGACGGCGGCGGCCGCGGUCGGCGCCGCCCGGCGCGCCGGCUCCGGCAGCAGCGGCGGCGAGGUCGACACGGAGUCGGACGUCUACAAGAUGCUGCUCGACAUCACCGAGGUGGAGAGCCAGCCCAAGCAGUCGACGUCCUUCCGCUUCCUGCAGGACAUGCUGGAGUACAACGGCGAUAAGCCCGAGAGGCCAACGGGCACCCGUACAGUGAGGGCCCCCAACAAUAAGCUGGGACCCAUCUCCCCGCCGGCACAGAAGCUGCCAAUCUGUGGACGCUGCGACGCUGGCAUUGUGGGCACGGUGGUGAAGGUUCGAGACCAGUUACGCCACCCGGAAUGCUUCGUGUGCGCCGACUGCGGCGCCUGCCUCAAGCAGAAGGGGUACUUCUUCGUGGAGGGCGACAUGUACUGCGAGGUGCACGCGCGGGCGCGCGUCAAGCCCCCCGAGGGCUACGAGGUGGUGGCCGUGUUCCCCAACAAUUGAGCGGCGCCGAGGCCGUGCACCGCAACGAUGGCGCACGAGCGCCAGCGUGUCAUUUUGCCGAGCGUGCGUGCACACGUGCACACGCACACGUGUACACCCACGCGCACGUGCACACGUGUACACCCACGCGCACGUGCACACGCACGCGCACGUGUACAGGCAACACACACGCGCACGUGCACACGCACGCGCACGCGAACAAAGACAACGACUCUCCUUCACCCACCGCCCUAAUUAGCCAGGCAGACCCCUCGGGACAGGUGCCGUUAGCGAGGAGCGCCGGUUGGCACGGUUGGCCACGUACGACGUGCGUGCAUUUGCGUAAAGGCCGGCGCGGCGCAUAAAAAGGGCGUGGUGUGGUCACCGCCGUGCCCGGCCGCCUUUGUCUCCCCCACAAGCGACGAGAGUGGUAGUCAGCGUGCUGAGCUAUGAACGUCGCGGCCCCAGUUCGGCUGACGGCCGUGGCGAGUCAUUAUUAGUCGUGAUUAGCUUAACCCCUGGGUUGGCUCAGUCUUAAAUGAGUACCUGGUGCAGUGUGUAAACAUCAGCACCAAAAUGACUAAAGGGUGGCCACACCACUCCCUCUUGCAUUGUGCCGGCCUUCAUUAAUGCUCUCUAACACACUUGCCCCAACGGCCUGUUGAAGGCUACAUGGGGAAUCUUUGUCUUUGUGUCUGCACACACAUACUCCCACAUAUGCCUCUAUUCACCCUGCCCUCAUGGAAAGACGCUAUAUGUAAUUCCCAAAGUUUGCUGUACAAAUGCUGUAAGAGUUAUGACAUCUGUUAUCGGGUCUUUUGGGUCUUCCUAUAGAAACAGUGGUAGUUUGGUUCAAGUUUCUUUAUAUAUUAAAAAAGAGCAGAGGUUGAGGUUCUGUUGAGCUUUUACAGAUGGGGGCCUUGCGGAGUGAUCCUGUGCAACGAUGAAAUAAUCGAAAUUAAUUGAGGUUUUCUAAGUCGUUGUAUUAUCUGUACCGUAGCCUGUGCUACGAGAUGUAUUUUUUUAGACUAGCUCAUAGGUUACUCUGAUUUUAAGCUACGAAACAUUUUAGAGAGAAAAGUGCCUCUAAAUAUAAAUAUACAAUGUGCUCAUAAACGGAUCGUAAGGGGAAAACUCUAGCCUAGGGAUGAUUCAAGAUCUAUGCAUCGCAUCACAAGCUCAUUUCGUUUCUGCCCUCCUGUCAGUUUUUAAAGCCCAAUUCGAAUGCUCGUUCCAACUUAGUUCGAGGAUGUUUACCGAAAAGGAAUGAUCUUUUUGACAAUGUUACUACGACAAGCCGACUGCCAGUCUAUACAACUGGAAAGUGUUUAUGUUUUAAUACUCGGAGUGUUAUUAAGUGAUGGAAAAACAACACUGUAACUGAGGCAAAGCCUGUCAUAAGAAAUGCAUUAAACACUGCAUGUCACGCUAAAACAUCGUUAAUAACAUCAAUAAUAAUAAAACGCUGGUAUAUAAAUCCGAAGGAUAUCCUCAUGUUGUGCCCUGCGUGAAUAUUUUGAGAUUUCACAGUUCAUUAAAGGCGCUGUUUUUAAUAGAAUGAUCUACAUUUUUGUUCACAAAUAGCACGGACUAUCAUAUUUCUCACCACGAUUAAGCCACGGUAUUGGGUCACGGUCAGGUUAGGGUGAAUCUGGAUCUGCCAGACAUGCUCGAGACAUGACUUACCCCCUGCGCGCAAAUUUCACACUGUGGUCAUGGAGAGGAGAGUUUUACUUGGUUUCGGCGGCACAAAAAGAGCCUUUCUUCCGCGCCGUUUUGAUGUUUUGCUUGGUUUUAAGAAAGGCAGCCAUGUGAACUUGAUAUCAAACACAGGCUGUGUGCAUUCAUCAGAGUGGAGUUGAUCACACGCUAGAGACUGGCAUCCAAUGCUCAGCGUGCGAUAGGUCAGGCACAAUUUAAUACUGCAUUAUCCGGAUUAUUUGACGCUAUGGAAAGUAAAGACAUGUCCCCCACCCCCCGCCCCAAACUUGUGUCCGGUUAUAGACAUGUUGUUCACAAAGACCUGCUGGAUCGUGAGACACAAUACCACCUUUUGCUUUAAAAUACACAUGGUCAUAUGGUAGAAGUUGGAUAUAACCACACCCGUUGGGAUAAAGGUCAUAUGUGCUUAUAUCUGAUGUAGUGUGCUUGUACACUAUUUUACUCUCUGCCUCCACCAGUGCAAUAUAAGCGUGUGUUGCUUAAUUAGAACCAUGCAUGCUUCUGUUGCACCAAAUAUAAAAAAGUUCGGCUUUUAGCUUGAAAUUGCAGUCUGCUUCCCAAAUUGUGCUUUUAUUGUUGUUAACCAGUCAGACCUUUACAUUGACAACAUAAAACAAUGCCACGACAUUAAUUAUACUAUAUUUAAGCAGUCACAUCAAUGGAAUUAAUGGAUGCUCUUGCAUUAUUUUGUGAUUAUUUUUUUAAAAUCAAGGCUUCCUUAAAGUGCUUCUUACAUUGUUUAAUGUAUCUCUAUCAAAAAUAUGUAUUGACCAUCGUGCCUUGCAAUGUCUUAGAGCAAGGCUGGCUUUUUAUUCCAAAUUUAACGUAGUGCAAGCUUUACUAAAGUGAUGCGCUAGAUGAGUUUACUUUGUUUAAUACAGGGUGCCCAAAAGGAUGUAUGAUUGCAUGUUGAGGAUAGACGCAACAUUUUCACUUAUCGGCCGUUGGCACGCUACAUCCUACACAGCAGAGAACUUCUUCCACCACUGCCACCAACCUAGCAGUCACUCUAAACAGAUUCGUGCGCAAAGCCCCAUUUUUACUUUUACAACGAUCGCAACGGCCAGCGUCACUGCUCAGAAAUAUUCAUCGUCAGAAAAUCGUCAAUCCAGUGGCGGGUGAAGGCCUCCCCCAAGUCAUCAGCGUCUCCGCGGGUGACGGCACCCACACGGCACCUUGCACACAAGUCGAUUGAUUGUUCACGUGCACAAUAACAAUCGCGUUGAAUGUAAUGAUUCGCUCGCAAAGUUUUGCCAUCAAAAUAAACUUUUCUCGUGCCUACUUUUCA